AUGGAGAUUCUUGAAAAGUUCAGAUUGACGCAAAUAGAUACAUUUGCGGAACAGGAAUUGCUGGAAAAGAAGAGAUUAGAUUCUUCCCAAACAUCAUACUUGCUAGAACUCCAAUUAGAGACAAACAGAGUAAAAAUUCAAAAAUUCUCCGGAUUUCAGCCACGCCCUAAAAUAGAAGCUCCAAAUCUCAAGGUAAAAUCUCCAGAAGUUAAUAAGCAGAAGGUCGAAGCAGAUAUAAAAGCAUUAAAAUCCAACAUUACGAAAAUUGAAAAAUUAUUAGACCAGAAAACGCAAAAAUACCUUACGAUAAAGAAGAAUAACCCUAUACUUUCUUCUCCAUCAUCUCAAAAUGAUGAAUUUGAUACUAGUUUUGCAGAUGAUCAAGAAUUCGAAGUCAAGCUUGCAGAUUAUACGAAAUAUGUACGAAAAAAUACAAUACUAGACGAUAAAAUCAAAGGAUGUACAGAUAGAAAUAACCAUUUAAAGACAAUUGAAGCAACAAUACAAAAAUUACAAGAUGAGCUUGAUUUACAGAAAGAACGACUUACAAAAGAAGGAAAGUGGAUAGGAGUAGAUACAACUUACCAACCUAAAGAGUUAUCAUUCUUUUAUAAGGAAUUUAUUGAUGAGAAAUAA